GAUAAACGGGACUGGGUGUGAGAUAUCAUGGAGGAUCAGUUAGCGGUCAGCAGCCAUUGAAGGAAGCUAAGCUGUGGGUUGGAGCCCCGGAGUUUCUGAUAUUUAAAAGUAACGCUUUAGGUAGUUCCGAGCUUUAUUUUAUUUUGUUCCUCGAAAUGGAGAUGAAAAAGCGAAUCAGUUUGGAGCUGAGGAAUAGGACCCCAAAUGAGGUGGCUGAGCUGGUGGUGGACAACUGUCGGUCCAGUGAUGGUGAGGUGGAGGGCAUGACAGAAGACUUUAAGGAGCUCGAGUUCCUCAGUAUGGUCAACGUGGGUCUGACCUCCCUGGCCAAGCUGCCAUCUCUGCCCAAACUUCGAAAGCUGGAACUCAGUGACAACAACAUCUCAGGGGGCCUGGAGACCCUGUCGGACAAGUGUCCCAACUUGACUUACUUGAACCUGAGUGGAAACAAGAUCAAGGAGCUCAGUACAUUGGAGGCACUGCAGAACCUGAAGAGUCUGAAGAGCUUGGACCUGUUCAACUGUGAGAUCACCACCCUGGAGGAGUACCGAGAGAGCGUCUUUGAGCUGCUGCCCCGGGUCACCUACCUGGAUGGCUUUGACCAGGAGGACAACGAGGCCCCCGACUCGGAGGCUGACGAUGAGGAGGAUGAAGAUGGGGAGGAAGGAUCUGGUCCCACAGGAGAGUAUAAUGAGGAAGAUGAGGAGGAGGAUGAGGAGGAUGGUUCUGAAGGGGGCGAGGUUGGCCUGUCCUAUCUUAUGAAGGACGGCAUCCAGGAUGAAGAAGAUGACGACGACUAUGUGGAAGAGGAGGAGGAAGAAGAGGAAGGAGAGGGUGAAGAUGAGGAGGAGGAGGGUGUCCGGGGAGAGAAGCGGAAGCGGGAUCCUGAAGACGAUGGAGAGGAUGAUGAUGAUGAGGACUAGCUAUGCCCUGCGUGGAAGCCCGCGAUCCUGAACUAAGCUGUAGAACAAACACCGGACGUGUGAUCAUUCAGUUUAAUUUUUUUUUCUUUCUGUACCAUAGAUAUCACAGUAGAGGCUUUUCUAUAUAUAUACUAUUUUUAGAAAGGAAAGGUAUUCAGCGAUUCAUUGAUCAUUCCAAAAAUCUUCCCCUCAUCCUAGACAUCUUGACAGGCGAGUGUUAUGAGCAUCUGAAACCGAACAAGGGCUCUUGUUGAUGGGGAAACUAGCACAUGGUGACUUGAAACCUUGUGCUGUUCCUUGUUCACAAUUUGAUUUGCCCCAGUCACCUUAUCAGGCAUUUGGGUCUCUUGCGGUAAGCUGCCCUCACGUCUUCAAGACCUCUAGUUACCCAGAAUCAAAUGUUUCUAGGUUGUAUCCCUGUCAUCCAUUUGGGCUUCAUCAUCUGUCGCUUGGAUGGUGUUUGUCACAGAAAGGCAGCUCCUCAAUGGACAUCUUCAUCUUGAAAAAUACUCACCCUUUCAAGCCCGAAAUCCUGCCUGCUACACGUAGCCUUGCACUGUUCGCUACUUGGUUUAUUUCCAGUGCUUCUGUAUUGGAUAGCGAUAAUUCUUUUUAACUACAGUUUAGUUGGACAUCCACUGUUGUAGGCUGUUCAUAUUUAAUUGAAUUGUUUUAGGUAUAAGAGUUAGGGUGACAUGGGUGGGAUUGAGGUUUAUUUGGGAAGGUACUGGAAAAUGGGAUGUUUCAGUUAUCCAGGCCGGUAUUGGACCUGGACAGAUUCCUUCCAGUGUGUUCUAUUUAAAGCCAUCUUCAGAAACCUGAAGGACUAAUGACUGACAUUUAUUUUAGCCAAUCAGGUUAAGAGCUAAUGUGAAAAUGAACUGAGACUGAGAAUCUCUAGGGCCGCCACUCUUUGGCCCUGAUAACUCAGGGUGAUUGGUCAUAAUGCAAAGUGCUGUGGAUUUAACCAAUUCAAAAAGUAAUUUUUAAAAAAAUGGGCAUACCAGGAUGUUUUAAGCAAGUGGUGACUUGAGGCCAUGCCUCUUUGCAGUAAGACACAAUCACGCCUGAAAGUACCUUUCACUUUGUCAGGCUGUGGACGAGUUUUAGUUUUCCUUUGUUUGGUAUUCUACAGAGUGACAUCUUUACUGUUUGUAUGGCAAUAUGUAUAUAGUAUGAGUUCCAGCUGUAUCUCCUGGGGUUUUUUUUUUUUACUUUUUAUGAAACAGAUCAGGUGAUUCUUUAGUCCCACAAAACUCUAGUGCUGGUUUUUAUUUUUUUAGUUUGUUUUUUUCUCUUUGGUCUUGCUGUUGUGACAGUUUGGCAUUUGUGUGCUGUAAACUUCCUAAGAUGGUUUUUAAAGAAAAGGAAAAUGCUUUAAAAUAAAAAAAUAAUAAAACUUUAAUCUCUUUAA